GUUUGCCUACUUCUGCUGUGCGUUCCUUCUCUCCCGUCUGAGAAGAAGAGGGAAAGGGACGAGGCUGCAGACUCUGUCCUAACGGCCGUGCGAGGACACCUGACAGGUGAAGCCCAGGUAGACCGCAGCCAGGCAGCCGCGCCGCUGAGGGUGUGUCCGGCCGGAGCCCUCAGAGCUCCAGCCAGUCUGCCCCAUUUCAAAGUCCGUUCAGAAGAGGAAAGGGGGCGGGGGGGGGGGGCUUGUAAGGAGCUGGAGGCAGGUUUGAGAGGGGAGGCGAGGAUGGCGAGUUUCGGGAAACUCACGGACUACUUUAACCGCCGCAAGUCCCGCGAGGAGCUGCGGGGGGGCCGGAGCUCACGGAGGAGCGGCAGUUACUGCUGUACUGUGGCUGAGGCCAGGUCUUUGGAGAGGAAGCUACAGAGGCCUCUAUUGGCUAAGUCCAGGACACUACCAAGCAUCCCUCAGUCACCUACCGUGGCCAGGGUCCAUCACAAAGACCUGAUAGGUGAAAGUCCUCCUCACAGGAAGAGUUCGGCCAGCACCAGCCCCAGCCCCAGCCUACAACCCUGCACUCUGCCCCCUGCAGGAGAGCUGUGGCGCCUGGAAGACGACGGUGACGGUGAGGAGGAGACAGGGCGUCUGUGCGCCGCCGCUCGCCCGCGCUCCCAGUCGCCCUUCUCCCACUUCCGCACCCGCUCCGCCUACAUGCGCAAGAGCGCCUCCGUGGACGACCAACUGGAUAUGGUGGAUUGUCGCUCCUCUGCGCCCCCUGGAGGAAAAGGCAGCCGUGGCGGAAAGGGGAAGCUCAAGAGGAAAUUUAGCCUGGGGUCGGCAGACAGGAAAGAGCACCAACAAAAGAAGGUGGAGUCAAGCAUUUCCAAAUUUACUCACCGGUUGUCCCUGAAAGAGAGGCAACAAAAACCUGAGAAGGCUACUACGCUGGAUAGACCUACCUCCUACAGGAGGCGCUCUCUCAGUUUGGACUGGGCCGAAUCAGCCAAGAUGACCCAGCGAGAGAUGCGAGAGCCUCACCCUCCCCCCGCCCGCAACAAAUCCACCAGCCUGGCGUCUCCCAGUGCCGCCCGCCGCCUCUACAGGAACCUGUCCGGGAAGUUCCGCGUUGGCAACCUGCCCGGUCUGGAAGACAGUGUUGUGUCUGGACGGGGUGACAAGGAGCGCCUCCGCAAGUCCACUAUGUUCCAGAGCAACGAGGCCUUGUUUGAGGCGGUGGAGCACCAGGAGAUGGACCUGGUCCAGUUGCUACUGUCUCAGUACAGUCUGGAGGAGCUGGACCUCAACACCCCCAACAGCGAGGGUUUGUUGCCACUGGACAUUGCCGUCAUGACCAACAAUGUACCCAUGGCCAGGCUGCUGCUUCGCGCCGGAGCCAAGGAGAGCCCCCACUUUGUGAGCCUGGAAGGGCGCGCCGUGCACCUGGCCACGUUGGUCCGAGAGGCAGAGCAGCGCGUCCGGGACCUGCAGGCCCAGGUGCGGAGCGAGGGCCCCGGGGAGCGGGAGGCGUCAGACCAUGAGAGGCAACUCAAGGCCUGGGAGUGGAGACAUCGGCUCUUCAGACGCAUGCAGACGGGCUUCGAGCACGCCAACCCUCCGGACGCUCCCAGCUCUGUCCGCCUGUCCGUCAGCAGCAGUUCCAGCCUGAGGGUGGACUUCCAGGAGCCUCUGAGUGUCAACUCCGCCGUGGUCACUAAGUACAAGGUGAGUUGGAGCAGUUCCCCUUCCCAGACUCCACUGUUGGGUGAGAUGUUAGUAGAGGACACCAGUCAACUGCAGUGCACCAUUACAGAUCUCUCGCCCGGCAAGCAUUACUACGUCCAGGUGUCAGCCUACAACAUGAAGGGUUGGGGUCCUCCCAAGGCCUCCACCCCGACCUGCGCCUCCCCCUCCAGCUGGAGGGAGAUUGACGGUCGCGCUCCUCGUCAGCGGGGCCAUAAGGAGGCGCUGGACCAGUUACUGGGACAGAUUAAGGAGGCGCACCGUCACUGCGUGUGCCAUGAGCAGUGCAAAGCCCCUCCACACGUAAGAAAACACUCUGUCUCCAAAAGCCUGCGCCACCUCUUCCAGCCCACUAGCAAAUUUGUCAAAAACUUGAAACGAGGUCUCUACCUGACGGCUAUAUUCUACCGAGACGACAACAUCUUGGUGACUCCUGAGGACCAGAUUCCCAUUGUAGAGAUAGAUGACUCUUACUCCAGCUCGCUGAUGCAAGACUUCCUGUGGUUCAUGAAGGUGUCCUACCUGUGGGAGGAGAUACCGUGGCUUCAGCAGUGUCUCAGCCCCUCCCAGUCAUCCUGCUCCUGCGCUCUGCAGACACGCCUCAAGAUGCUGCAGGCCAUCUCCCAGCUCCAGGGCAUGCUAGGAACUCAGGACCUGGGUCAGGUUUACUUUGAGCCAAUCAAAGACAAGCAUGGCAACGCCCUCUUGGUGUUGCUGAGGGACAUGAACACGUGUCCCAGUCUGGACGGGGUGAAGUGGACCCAGCUGUGUAAGCUUCAGCUCCAACGCAAGUCCAUCUCAUCCCCAGAGGAGCCCACGGCACUGGACGUGCUGCUCAUCACACUGCAUGAAAAGCUGGCGUACCACAGACGGAGCAGAAACCUCCUCUCCCCAGGCCUGUACCUGGGCUACCUGAAGUUGUGUAGCUCUGUGGACCAGAUCAGAGCUCUGGUGCCUCAGAAGCUGCCCAAUGUCCUCUGUCACACCAAGAUACGAGACAAUUUUAACGUGUCUAGGGAGGAAUGGCAGUGGCUCCAGGCACUCAGUUCUCUGGAGGAGUCCAUGGAGAUGGAUCAGGAUGUCCAGAGCGCUCCACACCGCCUCCUGCAGGACCUACGCAGUGCCGCCAAAGACCUCAUGGCUCACAUGAACAUCCCUGUCAGCCAGGCACAGGACUUCCGUAUCUACGCCCAGGAGGUGCUGGAAUUUGGGGACAAGGUGUCCUUCUUGCUACUACUGCCGCCCUCAGAUGACGUGUGCACGGCCCCCGGCCAGAACAACCCCUACUCCCCCCGAUCAGGCUUCCUCACCCUGCCUCUCCAGGUCUUCGAGCUGGUUCACUUUGAUGCCUACUGCCCCAGCUUCAUUGGGCAGUACUGCCGGGUGUCUGCCCUGUUGGAGCUGGAGUUGCUCAUGUCCCAGCAGACACUGAGGGAAGCUUUCUCAGAGACAGAGCUUCACGCCGCCAAGCAGAAACAUCAGCAGGUCCAGGACCACAUUCAUCAAAUGGAGGAGGUGUGGCGGGAGGCACGGUGGAUCAUGGACGCCCUGCAGUAUGCCCGCUACAAGCAGCCCACAGGGGGUAUUUCCCUGGCUUGGAUUAUCGACUUCUCCAGGGAUGUGGUGCCUGACAAGCCCCGCUCCACCUCCUCCCAGCCAGACUACCUUCCCUCGCCCAUGCCCUCCCCAGAACCCAGCCACAAGCACUCUGGUAAGACCCAGAGAGCCAAUGUUAUAGACUUCCACUGUCUCUCCGACGAAGAGGGUUCCUCCGAGGUUUUCCUCACCACUGACAGUGACUACGACUCCAGCCGUGCCCAGAGCCCCCGCGAGUUGGACCUGCUUCCCCCUUCCCCCCUCUUCUCCGCCAACAGCAGUGUCGGAGAAGGUGGUGGAGGGGGUUCAGGAUUGGGUUUGAGGGACUCCACUCCGGAUGUCCUGCAGGCCUCGGAGCCCCAGGCGGGCCCUGCUGGUGAAAGGCGGCUGAGCGCAGGGGGUUCCGGUGGGGAGAGGAGGAGAAGCAAGGGCGGUCCCAUGGAGUUAUUCGACAGCGACUUCAUCCUACCCAGCCGGCAGAUUGAACUGCUGAGGAUCACGGAGAAGCGGCAGGCCUUCUGUGUGAGAACCAGUAGUCUGGAGUUUCCUGCUUCCUCCGGCGGUCAUCCUGCCCAAUCGCCACCGCCGUCCUCUUCACCCCAUCAGCGUUGGCACCGACCUUCCUCGGUGGACCGUUGCUGCCCAGCUGAGCGAUGCCCGCAGCGGCCCCAGCCCCCCGCUCGCACCCGGUCGGAGGAUAGUGGCACCCAGAGGCUCUCAGGUUCGCCCUCACCUGGGGUCCAAAGGAAAGGCUGGCACGCCACACUCCGGGUGUACCCACAGUACCGCACCGGGCUACCCAAGGAAACCAGCGUCAAGCUGCGGGUGACCCCAGGCACGUCAGCCCAGGAGAUGGUCCAGCUGGUGGUGCAGGAGAUGAACGCUGUGUCGCGGCGGCUCCUGGGCAGCAGCAGCAGCAGCAGUAAUGACGGCGGGGGGGCAGAGGGGGAGCGGUGUGUGUACAGCACCGAGCAGCUGGAGCACUUUGGCCUGGUGCUGGUGGUGGACGGAAGGGAGAAGUGGCUCCAGGAUGACUUCUGCCCACUGGAGCUUCAGAACCCCUGGCUUCGGGGCAAGCUGUGCGUCCGCAUUAAGGAGUACUCUCCCUUGGCACUGCAGUGCAGCAGGGCCACUACUGUUUGAAACUACAGGGCGGGAAGGACUUCGGGGAGUGAACUAUACAAGCAAGAGUCGUCCACUGAAAACGCGGGACCAUGUACUUUGAAUGUUUCACAUGGGCCAAAGGGAGACACCCUACCUAAGAUGAACCGGAACUUUUCUGUGUUUUUCUCCCUCUUUCAAUCGGUUUUCCUCAUUAGUUGUUUUGCCGUCCAACUGCUGUAGCGACAAAGCGUAGUCAGUGAUUCCACAUUUGUUUAUUUGUUUGUUUGUUGUUAACUGAAAUGCUGCUGUGAGACUGUUUCCAUGAAGUCUCUUCCCACCCUGCGUAAACUUCCCUUCCCUUUUCCACCUUCAUCUGGACACCAAAUGAACAAAAGGAAAUGGAAAAGUGUUAUCAUAAUAUGCAUCGUCAAAUGUCGGAGCCUAAAAAGGGAAGUGACGGUGAGGAAGAUUAAUGAAUGAACGCUACGGCACUCUGGAAUGGCCCCUGACUGACGGCAACACAUUUUGGCGCCCGCGUUGGCAGAACGUCAUCUGCAGCCACAUGCGGGCGGACAAGCCUUUUCCUAUGAACUCUUUCUCUCUCAUGGUGUCAUUCCAAGAGACUGUUGGCUGCGGCCCUGCAGCCGGCCUUCCCGACCUUCCCAGGAUGUGACCCUGGACUCUUCCCAGAGGGCCCAGCAAGAGGGAAGGGGGCUAGCGUCACUUGGCUCGGAACGGAAUCUGCCCCACCAUUUGACCUGUCAGCUUGUCACUCUGUCAGAUUCGCCCUCCAUUGUUUUCACUUUGGGAAGGAGAGCCAAGAGGACAGGGAUUGAGAAAAUUAGUAAAGGAGGGAGGAAUUUUAGGAUGGUGGAUGCAGAGUCUUUGGGAUCCUAGCACUAUUCAAUCUGCAUUGCGAAAAUUCAACAUUACAGCGUGUUUCUAAUUUAAAAGCAGUCUUGACCAAAGACUGCAUUCACAGGAAAUGCUGAAUAUGUUGCCUCAAUUGGAAAUUCACUUUAAAAUUCUACUGAGCUACAGUGAUACAAAUAAUUAGAGAACAUCGUACAUA